AUGGCUAAAGGGAAACGAAGAAAGAAGCCCCUCAGCAGCAUGACUAUGCUGAAAGAGGACCUUCGAGCGGAGGAGAAGAGCUCCCUUGAAGAUGGCACAGUGUUCUCAAAGUCCCUUGGGAAAGCUGAAAAGGUGAGCAAGCUAUGCGAAGCCCCUAACUGUGCCCAUGCCGCCAUCUGUUCUGUCUUUACAAGAAACGAAGAGGACUUCAUAGAUGGUGAUGAACCAGAAGAAGGCACUCCCUACCGUGCAUGUGCCCUCCACUCUGACAAACAAGUUAAGACCUUCCGAGGAAUGAAAAUCCUCAGUAAGGUUGAGGAAAUAGUAUCCGACGAAGAGGAAUCCUCUUCAGACAAGUCAGAGGAUAUAACUGAAACCCAGGAUAUUAGCUCACUCCCAGCAGUAGCUGUAAGAGUCUCUCCAGUAGGCUCACCAGAACUUCAGGCCUUGCUCAUGAAAAAAGGCCCCCAACCCUCUGUCAUCAAACCGCAAACACCAACAACCUCAUCCCUGUCCUCACCAGCCAACACAUGUGAAAUCCAAGGCUGCACCAACAUUGCCAACUAUGAAGCAAAGGUCGGUAAUCAACAAUACCAAGCCAUAGCUAGG